GACAUAAACAGUGGAGCAAGAUGGAGGCGCCGUGGCUGUGGCUGUGAGAGAUACAUGUGCUGGCGGCGAUGGAAAUGUGAAGGCCAGCGCCACAGCACGCCACACACAGCGAUAGAAAUACUGCCACACUCAUAUUUCCCUGGUCAAGAGGACACGGAUUGCAUUGUGGGACCUGAGCUGCCCCACCUCACCCCGCCCCGACCUUACUGGAGACACCACCCGCCCCGACAAUGAACAUCCCCCUUCCGGAUGAAAUACCCUUGCCGGGGGGGAUGGGGAGCAGACAGGGCCCCCCACCCCCUAUUCUGCGGGGCGCCCCACUCAUGCCCCGCCCCACACAGCCCCCACAGAUCAUGCUGCCCCCCGGACCACCGCCAAACCUCUCCCUACCCCCGCCAGUCUUCUCUCACCCACCCCCAUUCCUGGGACCUCCCCCGCCCCGCCACCAUGGCCCUGGACCCAUGCCACUCUUCACCAGGAUGCCGACCAGCGGGGUGGGGCAAGUGAUCCCCACCCCGCCUGCCGAGAGGUACUCUCCCAGCCGUGUGACUGCUGAUGAUGAUGACACCCCCCCUGCCCCAAGCCCCGCAGCUACCCCGCUCACCACCAAACCCCCUCUGCUGCCUCUCACCACCACCACCACCUCUACCACCACCACAACCACUAGCACCACCACUGCCACCACCCCAGCCGGUGGUGGUGUCCCGGCCCUGGCCCCGCUGCCCCCACCACUGCCAGGGGGAGGUAAGGGCGGGUUUGGGGGGGUGACCAAGCUGCUGGGGAGCAAGGAGGCCAAGAAGCGACUACUGGCGUUCUCCGGGAAGACGAUGAAGGUGUCGUCGUUCACGCUGGCCAAGACGCCCCGCCCCGCCGCCAGCUCUGCCUUGCCCGGGGACGACGACGUGAAGAAGGGCCCCGCGGGUGGUGUAGGGGGCGGGGGUGGGAUGAAGAAGAAGAAGAAGGAGGAGAAAGUGUCUAUUAUUGAGCAGAUCCGCGACGAGGAGUCCCGACUCAAACAAGCGCUGGGGCUGAAAAACAUCAUCUUCAACCCGUAUGGCCCCGGACUGGCCCCGAUCGCCAAGCUGCUGGACAACCCCGAGGAGCUGCGGCGCUUUGAGACCAAGGGCCGUUCCAUGAAGGUCCGUCUGGAGCAGUACGAGGCUCGGCACAGCAAGCACCACCAACACCACCAACACCACCGCCACCACCACAGACCCACACGCACCAAGGACAAGGACCGACGCUCCGACACGCAGGCCCCGCAGGACCCCAAGGCACCUGCAGAUGCCGCCCCGGUGAAGGAGGAGCCCCGGAAACGCCCGCGACGAGUGCCCCGGUCCUGGAGGGAGUUUAAAAAUGAGAAGUUUGAUUUUGAGUUGGUGAGGCAAGUCCGUCGUGACCAGAUGAGGAGGCAGAACCGUGGGGCGCGGGGCGGGGCAGUGUUCAGGGACCUCAAGAUGAUGUACCCCAUCCGUGCCAAGGCUCUGAACGGGGCGGAGAAGGAGUACCCCGCCAGCUUGGUCCGCUACACCACUGCCCGUCCCAGCAUCUCAUUUGCCAUUAAUUCCACAAAGUUCCGUUCUCAUUUCUUCUCCCGGCUGGAGAUCCGCCACUACCACCCGGAGGAAUGGCCCACCCUACAGGCAUUCUGGGCCGCCCCGCCUGCCUCGCCAGCCUACCACCUCCCCCAAGCCUCGCCCACACACACCCACUGGUACCCUGAGCUGGACCACUGGCUGGACUACACAUUGCAGUCUACCACAGUCCCAGAGUCAGCCCCUGCCCCAGCCUCUGCCCCGGCUCCUGCCCCGACCUCACCCCCUGCCCCGGCCAUAUCUCCGCCCCGCCUCAAGCAACCCACUCGUAAGUCGAAGUCAAAGUGGGAGGAGGAAGAGGAGGAAGAAGAGGAGGAGGAGGAGGAGGAAGAGGAAAGUAUUAAGUUGAAGAAUUUGGAAGAAGAAGAAGAAGAGGAGGAGGAGGAGGAGGAGGAGGAGGUACAGAUGAAGGAAGAAGAGGACGAGGAAGAGGACGAGGAGGAGGAGGAGAAGAAGACCAACUUGGAGGAGAAGAGUGAAGCUAAAGUCUUCUCUGAUUGUCUGAAUGAAGAAUAUGAAGCCUUCCUAUUAAUGGUUGAUGGAGGAGGAGGAGGAGAGGAGGAGAAGAAGAAGGAAGAGGAGGAGGAGGAAGCGGAGGAAGGAAGACACAAGAGAGACAUCAAAUCCAUACCACACAAAGAAGAUUACAUGAAAAUCAGAGAAGAGGAGGAAGAGAGAAGGAAGAGAAUGAGAGAGGAAGAGGAAGAGGAGAAGAAGGAACAGAAGACCCUGGAAAAGAGGAGGAAGAAGCAAAUGAAGAAAGAGAAGAGGAGGCAGAGGAAGCUGGAGAAGAGGGCGAGGAAGAAGGCGAAGAAGGACAUGAAGAAGAGGAGGAAGGAGAAGGAGAGGAAGAGGAUCAAGAGGAAGAGGAAGAGUAGCGAGAGUUCCAUAUCUUCCCCUGUACAAAUGGAGGAGGAGGAGGAAGAGGAGGAGGAGGAGGAGAGGUAUAAGAGGAGGAAGAAGAAACAGGAAUAUAUUCAAAUUAGUGAUGGAGAGGAGGAGGAGGAAGAGGAAGAGGAGAGGAGGAGGAGGAGGAGGAGGAGGAGGAGGAGGAGGAGGAGGAGGAUAAACGCAUUAUCUCAAGGAAGAAGAGAAAGAGGAGGAGGAGGAAGAGGAAGAGGAGGAGGAGGAGGAGGAGAGAAGAUAUACCAGGGACUCCGAAAUAGUGAUAGUCCUUCUUACACUCCCCCAAGAAGACUGGAAGAAGAGGAGGAAGAGGAAGAAGAAGAGGAAGAGGAGGCCCCAUCCCCGGUUUCCUCCCCCGAGCUUCCCAUGGGGCGGGGUUACCGGGGCGGGGCAGAACGAAGGGCGGAGAAAUGGGAGAAUGAGUCAGUCGGGGCAGAAAACCGAGAAAUAAGUACAAAAUCCGGGGCAUUGCGGGGCAGCUCGGGGCAAGGGAGGAGCGACCCGGCCAGUGAUACGUCUGGGUACUAUGACCUGACCCCAGACUCCUCCAGCGGGGCAUCCGGGGCAAAGAUGUUCAAUUUAGAGGAUAUUCCAUAUCCUGCCCCGGAGAGUGAGAGGUACAGCCCCUCCAACAUGUCCCUCUCCUCCUGCUCCUCCUCCUCCGCCCCACCCACCCCACCCCGCCCAGACACUCACACCCUGGAUGCCAUACCCAUUCCCCCACCUACCCCGGACAUCACCAACAUCCCCAUGCCCCCCGUCACCAAGCCUGCCCCGCUCCCGCCAUCCAGAGAGGAAGCCCCGCCACCACUGCCACGCCCUGCCCCAACCCCAGUGCAGCCACCUCAUAGCCCUGCCACAAGGGAGGAGUCCCUCCCUCCCUCGCCGCCGCCCCGGGAGGUGCCCCUGCCCCCCAUUGUGCUGCUGCCCCACUCCGCCAUUCCUGUCCCAACCUCCCGCCUGGACGCCCCGCCCCAGCCAGCCUCGCCCCGCCAAGAGAAGACACAGUGGGUUGAAGGGGUGGAGGCUGGGGCAGGGGGAGGAGGAGGAGGAGGUCUGCGCCCUGCCCGUCCCGGCCCCAUCACCUUCAGACUCGGGGCCAAGGGUGCGCUGCGCCUGCCCCGCCCAGACCUGAAGGGCUUCCUGCCCCAGGAAGAGGAGGAGGAGGAGGAGGCACGGGUCCCCCCAGGGGGUCACGACAGUGAUGAUGAGGAGCUCCCCAGCCUGGCCCUGCCGGCACAACAGCCCCACCCCACCACAACACACCCACAACACUCCCCGCAACAACCACCUUCCCCAGUCUCGCCCCAGGACCACCUGCCCCAAGACAGCCCCGCCCACCCUCAGGAGACACUGCCCCCCGCCUCACCUGCCCCGAGGGAGCGUGCCUCGCUCAGGUCCCGCUCCCGCUCCCCACGCCACCUGCCCCGCCCCAGGUCUCCUGCCACCCGCCACAAGUCACCACCCCGCCCCAGCCCUGCCAAGGACCGCUCACCACCCCGGGACUCCUCCAGCGAGAGGGGGCGCUCGCCUCGUCCCCGCCGCCACCAAGCCAGGCCCCGCUCCCCGCUCCGCAGCAGGACGCCCCCACCCAGGGCCCGCUCACCUGUACCUCGUGGCAAGAGCCCUACCAGGGGCAGGACACCCCCGCGGGGCCGCUCCCCUGUGCGUGCCCGCAGCCCUUACAAGAACCGCUCCCCUCCUCCCCGGGGCCGCUCACCACAUAAGGCUAAGUCCCCCGGCCGGGGCCGCCCCGCCUCACCCCUACACAGCCGCUCACCACCGCGGGGCGCCAGUCCCCGUCGUGCCUCUCCCAAAUCGCGGUCGCCCCGCCGUACUCGGGACUCCCGCUCCCGCAGCUGGUCACCCCGCCGCCGCAGGAAGCCUGGGGCAGGCAGCCCUGACACACGUCGCAGCAGGCGGGGUGGAAGGCUGGCCAAGACCCCGCCCCGCCAAACCAAGGGAAGCAGGGACCGCCGCUCACCACUGCCCCGCCGCUACCACAGCCCCACCUCCCCCUCACCCCCGCCCCGUGAGGAGCGUUAUGCCCCCCACCAUGACUCCAGCCCUGCCCGCCACUCCCCCUCACGCAGUCCACCCCGCUCCUACCACCACGGCCCACACACCCCAGAGCUGCCCCCGGACACCCAGCGCUUCCCCACCUCGCCCUCUGACCACUACCCGGGGCGCACCGGCCGCCACACCCCAGAGGGCUCCCCUCCCCAAGACCACCGUCAGUACCACAGUCCCCCGGGACAGUACCGCAGCAGCCUCAGCCCUCCAUUCUCCCGCAGCCCUCCCUGGAGCCCUGGGGCAGGGCGCCGCACCAGCCCCACUGGUUGGCGCAGCCCCCGAUACCAGCACCAGCACCACUACACACCCCCGCCCCGGGACCGCUGGAGCCCUGCACGCUCACCCCGCCGUGGGGCCCGCUCUCCAGGGCGCCGCUCUCCUCCCCCUGGUCGCCGCUCCUCUCCAGGCCGGGGCCGCUCCCCACGCCGCUCCCCGGGGCUCAGGUCCCCCCGCCGUUCACCCUCCCCCUCCCUGCGUGGCGAGGCGUACCCCUACGAGCAGCGGGGCUGGAGCGGGGCAGCAUGGGAGUGGGAGGCAGGUCACCACCACCACCACAGCCCCAAGGCAGGGCAGGGUGAGGCCCGGUACCGGCGGGGCUCGGCAGGGGACACCGCGCCACUCAAGACUGACGCAGACUCCACCAUCAGUGACUCAGAGCUGUCUGCCGCCACUGCCACUGCCCCGCCACCGCCCCGUCCCCCACCUGCCACCACACCUGCCCCACACCACCCCAGACCCAGCCCCACCCCAGCCAGGGAUGCUGCCACGCCCCCAUCUCCCCGUGGGGCCUCACCCCGCCGCCCCACGCUGGACGAGAGGCUGCGGCGCGAGCACGGCCUCCACCUACAGCAGCAGCAGCAGCAGCAGCAGCAGCAGGUGUACAGCUGGCCUUACCCUGCACAGCCACAACAGUUCCAGUACCAGUAUGAGCGUCCAGAGGGCAGUGACACCACCACCACCACUGCCACCACCACCACCACCACAACUGCCACCACCACUUCCCGGGUCAUACAGGUGGGGAAUAUGCUACAGGUGUUGCCCCAAGAUGCCUCCGCCCCGCAGCCCCAUUGCCCCAUGAUGGUCCAGGCUGGCAAUGUUAUACAGGUAGUGCCAGCGGACAACAUGCAAGUUUUGGCCCCAGAAAUCGUUGGAGUCGGGGGUGUCAUGCAAAUGGUCGGGGUCCCCAGCUCUCCCCCAACCCCUGCCCCAGUUCCUGCCCCGUCCAAGACCCCGGUCCCUGUGACAGCCAGCCAGCCACCCAUCGCCCCGUCCUGCCCCGCCCCAGUCCUGGCGGGGAGUGGCGGGGCAGGACACACGCCGGGGUUGCCUGUUGCACGCCUUAUAUCUCUCCUCCAGCAGCAAAUCCCAGCCAUGAGUGAAGAGAUUGACCCAGAGAUCGCAGCGGCCGGGAGAGAGAGAGAGACAGAGAGGAGGGAGAGGAAGGAGAGGAGGAGGAGGGAGAGGGAGGCAAGGAGAGAGGCCCGGCACAGGGAGAGGGAGAGGAAAAGACUCAUCCUGCUACAACAACAACUGCAGCAACAACAACAACAACAACAGCAGGAGGGAGAGAGGCCGUCGUCUGAUACGGAGGAUGAAGUGCUGUUUAGGGAGGCCAUGUCGGAGGUGCCGGUGGUCGGGUCACCUGUGCCGGACUACGAGGUGGAGGAGGAAGACGAGGAGGAGGACGAGGAAGAGGCCAGGCUGAGGAAGAAGAAGAGGUUGCUGCCUGUUGCUCUUCCUCCUGCUGACAAGGGCAUCCUCAUGAGCCCCUCCUACAGGUCCCGUGAGGAUUACCGCCCCAAAGCAGUGAAGUUUGCGGACGGAGUGUUGCCGGGGGAGGGCACGUCACCCAGCGGAGGGGAGGAGAUCCACUCCCCACCACCUCCCUCCCCUGCUGCCACCACCACCACCACCGCCAACACCACCACCACCACCGCCACCACCGCCAGGAAGAAGGAGAAGAAGUUUAGGAAGAAGAGGAAGGUGAAAGUGAAGGCCAUCAAGCUGUACACAGGGGACAAGGGGGCUGGCCACUCCCCACCGCCACCCCCAGGGUCACCGCCCCCCUUCACAGCCCUCAAGUUAUACCCGGGCUACACCCACUACACCUUCACAGCUCCAGGCACUGCAGUUAUAUACACACAGCCUUCCCAACACCAGUAUGCAUACAACCAGGUGGCAGGGCUCCCCGGGGGGCUGGUGGUGCCUAGUCGGGGGGGUGCCACCACCCCCAGCAACACCAACAGUGGAGUGUUUGGCUACCCUGGCUAUGUGUACACCACCCUCUACUCCCCCCAGCCCCUCCCCGCCCAGACACCCCCCCUCCAGUACGUCCUGCCAACACCACCACCCCCAGCACCAACAACAACAACACCAGCAGCAGCUGUGGCAGUAGUAGCAGGAGCCAGGAGGAAGGAGGAGUGAGGAGGAAGGAAUAAGAAUUGUUUGUGAGAGAGAGAGA